AUGCUGAGAAAUAGCGAACUAACACCAGAAUGGUAUUUGUUAUAUCAAAUAUUGACAACAUAUGGUGUUGGGUCAAACGAAGAUGAACGGGUUUUUAGCACACUUCGUCGAGUGAAAACAUGGAUACGAAAUCGUAUGAGAGACGUGACCCUCGAACCAUGUAUAAAAGCUUCGAGUUCACAACUUCCAUUAACCCCAGAAGCUACCGAUUUUGUUAUAAAAGAUUUUAUUUCUCAUCCAGGUCAAGCCAAAGAACGAAAUAUAUCGUUAUUUCUAUGA